AGUCACCACCUCUCCUUGGAUUAGUUGUGCUCCCCAUUACCCUCAAUAGUUUCAACAAUCGUCAGUGUGCUUUGAAAUAAUUUAACUCAAAAAAAUGUCUAACCUAUAGGCUUAUUUUCACUCCGACCUGUCUGUUGAAUGAAAGAAGGGGUUUUUCUUAAAACCCUCUGCAGAACUUUGCUCACUCGUCACCCUCGUAAACCUAACUCUCCCCUCCACCUCCAGAUGGAUCGAUUGGAGCGUUAUUGUUACAACCCAACCUUGCGUUGGAAUCCCCAAGUUGAGGAAUACUUUAUUAAAGCUUAUGGAGCAGACUAUUUUCAUCGCAUUUCCACAGCUCUCACGCGCCCAUCGUGUUACUCUUGUAUACGGGUGAAUACACUCCAGUCCACGACUGGUGAUGUUAUUGAGAAGCUUUUGGCUAUUCUGCAGGAGAGGAGGCAACAAAAUGGUUCAAGUGAUGGAACCAAUGUUUGCCAUAUCUCUGAUGACCUUGCCAAGGCAACUUUGGGCUCCAGUGAAACUAUUCUGCCAAAUAAAUCUGUACAAGAUUGUUUCAUUGAGAAGUGCCAAAUACCUAGUCUUGACUAUGUAGUUUUUGUCAAAGGUUCGGGACCACAUACUAUUGAUUAUGGGCACAUAGCAAACAAACCUCCCAAAGAGGUGGUUGUGAGUCGGAAAUGUGCUGAAGCAGUUCUUCGUGGUGCCCAGGUGUAUGUGCCAGGUGUUUUAGCCUGUAGUGCUCACGUUGAGAAAGGGGAAGUAGUUGCAGUUUCAGUUGCUGUAGAACAGCCUAGCUCAACUGGUGGAUGGGGAGUUGGUUUUACUCGUGGGACUAUACUGCAGGGAUCACAGACAGAUCCUUAUUAUUUUGAAAGAAAGGGUCUCUACAUUGGCCAAGGAACCACAGUGAUGUCCAGAGCUGGGAUCUUUCGUGCAUCUGAAGGAGUGGCAGUGGAUAUGGUUCAUAGAAUCUAUAAAUUACCUUCCUUUCGUGAUAUACUGGAGGGGGAAAUAUUCCUUCAGAACCUGCCCAGCAUUAUCACUGCUCAUGCAUUAGAUCCUCAGGAAGGAGAAAGGAUAUUGGAUAUGUGCGCAGCUCCUGGAGGGAAAACCACUGCAAUUGCAAUUCUUAUGAAGGACAAGGGAGAGGUUAUUGCAGUUGAUAGAUCUCACAAUAAGGUGUUUGAGAUCCAAAAAUUAGCGGCUGAAUUGGGCUUGAAAUGUAUAACCACAUACAAGCUUGACGCGCUGAAAUCCGUCCAGCAGAUGAGUGAAUCUGAUAGGAAGGAUACUCUACAAUGUGGUGAGAAAAUUGAGAGCAUUGGAAUUUCAGAUUCUCUGACAGCAGGAAUAGAGAAAAUAACAUGCACAGCUAUAUGUGGCACACAGGGUGGCCUUGAGCAAAUGGGGAAUGAAAGUCACAUUAGUAAAGCUGAGCUCAGGAAGAAUAAUCGGAAAUUGAGGAAUGGACCUGGAAGAAAUAACUGCUUAGGUGGUAGAGUUGAAAAGUCGAAAGGAUUUCCACCAAAUAGCUUUGACCGGGUUCUCCUAGAUGCUCCUUGUUCCGCUCUUGGUUUGAGACCUCGACUAUUUGCUGGAGAGGAGACUAUGGAAUCAUUGCGGACCCAUGCGAAGUAUCAAAGACGAAUGUUUGAUCAGGCUGUGCAGCUUGUGCGUCCCGGUGGAGUUAUUGUGUAUUCAACAUGCACAAUAAACCCUGGUGAAAAUGAGGCAUUGGUUCGAUAUGCAUUGGACACAUAUAAGUUCCUCUCUCUGGCAUCACAGUUUCCAAGAGUAGGGGGACCUGGCCUUGUUGGUGGUUAUCAAUUUUCUGAUGAAUAUAAAGAGGAAUGGUUAAGACAUGGUGAGGAAGAUCUUGUUCAGAGAUUUGAUCCUUCGUCUCCACUUGAUACAAUAGGCUUUUUUAUAGCCAAGUUCAGUGUUGGUUCCAAAGAUGUCUAAGCAGUUAUACAAAACUAACAUGGCUUGGAGGAUUCCGUAAUUCCUCCUCACUUUGUCGUCGUGGUUUCUUCAUCAGAGGUCACGUGGACUUGAGGGGCUAAUUUUUUUCUGUAAUUUUCAUAUUUACGUAAAAGCUAGAACGGAAAAGGAGUUGAUACUUGUGCUCAAUAUGUUCUUCACUGAGCCUGGAAUAUGUUAUGGAACUAAUUUUUUCUAUUUUCCAAGAUACAUAAUCAACAGGAAUGUUGUACUCACUAAUCAUGAUGAUAUUUAUGCAUCAUGAUUGUUGUUUUCCAUGCUUUAUAUGAGAUAUUUGCUUUGAACUU